ACUAAUCAUGGUUGUCAUUUGUGUUGUGUAUUUCACAAAUUGAAAAAUAUUCUAUUCUUAAAAUUACUACUAAUUUACGAAUGUUCAUAUGAUGUGUUUGAAUUAGUAUUAGUAAUCAUAGUGGCUAUAAUUACAUUUUGUAAUGUUAAUUAAUUAAUUCUUUGUUAACUUAUUUUUUAUUUCUAUUUUGAUUUUAAAAAGGUUAUGACCAUGACAACUGAAGAAGGUAUAAUAAAUUUGGUUCAAUCGGAUAGUGACGAUGAGAGCGCCGUGAAAAAAACGAAUUCGUCGCCCCCAAAUGAAAAGAACAAAAGCACCCCUAAGAAAAGUGAUUUUGUCGAGGACGAAGAUGUACCCUCGGACUUCUUCGAUGACUUCUUGAAUAACGAUUUUAUGGACGGCCUGGACGUCGUCGAUAUUUGGGAUGACGAAUGCGAGAAGAAAGAAGGUAGGACGAAGAAAUCGAGAAGCAAAAGUAGAAGCAGGUCUCGAAGGAGAGAUUCGCGUUCUAGGCGGCGCAGGUCGCGAAGUGGUUCUAUAUUUCGUAGCAGAAGAUACAGGGAGGAGUACAGGCGAAGGGGAAGGUCUAGAGAGCGCCGGUCCAGAGAUAAACGAUCAAGGGAAAGGUAUACGGGCAAAGGCGAAAAGGAUUCCGACUGUGACGAGUCGAACGUUGAUCAUAGAAGAGACCCGGCGAAAACUAAACGAGACAUUCAGAAGGAUAAAGAUACAUGUGCCAAAAAAGAGGAGGAGAAAUCCAUUUCAGAAAAGCUGAAAGUUGUGGAAACAGGUUUGGUUCCUCCAGGUACCGAAUUGGAGGUCGAUUUAAAUGAUCUUAAACCUGUUGAUCCGAAGGCAGAGUCUAAAUCUAAAGCCGCCAAUCGUGAGAAGCAAAGAUCAGAUUCACCCCAGAAGCGUGUAGAUAGAACCUCAAGACUGUAUGGCUCUAAGCGUACUUAUCAAUAUACGAGAAGCCCACAUUGGCGUAAAUCCAGGUCACCCCUGAGGUAUUCUAGAUCUCCCCUGUCGAAACGAAGGCGAAGUUUGGAACGUAGAAGUAGAAGAGACUAUUCGGCCGACAGAUACAGACGACGAUCGAGAAGUCUCAGCUUUGAGUUAAGUCCGGAACCUUCAUCCAAUAGAAAUCGAGAAAAACACACAUCCUGGUCUAAGCGUUCGAGUAGCAACACAAGAGAUUUUCUAGAGGAAUUGGCCACAAAAUUGGCUAAGUCGGAGAAAAAGAAGUACUACAACAAAGUGAAAGAAAUAAUUGCUCAACCUCCAAAACAGCAACCCCCACACACUUAUCACCCAGUUCCACCUGUCCCGCCUCCAGGACCAGUCCCAGCGCCAAUACGAGCGCCUGCUCCAUACUUUCCUCAACACAUGGACCCUGCUGCUCAGUAUGACCACCAUUUCUUUAUUGGUCAGCAAUUUCCCCUAAAUCCCAUGCAUUAUCCUCAUCCACUUCAAGGCAUGCCGCCCGCUGUAGGUAAUCAUAUGAUUUCACAGCCUGUUGCCCCAUCUAUGCAAGUCGAACGAUCGACUUCUCAGAUUCCCGCAAACAAUUUUAAUAAUACCACCUUCGAUACGUCCAACAAUAUAAAUGUCAACGUGCAAAAGGAAAAGGAAGCCAUCCAUAAACUAUUCGAAGACAAGAAGAUAAGUUUGUCUGACUUUUUAAGUAUGUCUGCAAAGCACGCAGAUUCUACAGAACCAGUCAAUGUGCAAAAGAAGAUAAAGGUCAUAUCGUUAUGUCAAGACGCUAUAAAGAUCCUUGGGAAUGAAUUGCAACUUAGUGGUAGAUUUUUCCUCAAAAAAGCGCAAAAGGAACAAGAAAAACCUCAAGAAGGGAAACUGAUGUCUCCAUUAAGAAGAAUUCCGAUAGUGCGGUUUUCGUUUACCACGCCGUCCAAAAGUGGCGAAGAGAAAUCAACGAUGCAGAGCACCAUUAGCAAACUACUGAUGAGUGUCGGCGUCGUGGAAACUCUGCCUCACGUUACGCCAACACCUUCUCCAUCGCGCGUAGUCCCGGAACCAACGAGACAAACAGUCAAUAGUCCCACUUUUAAAUCUAAUCACGAUAUAAUUGGUCCAACGACCAAAAGCGCUGUGUUGAAUAAGAUGUGUCAAACCGAUCUUAAGUGUCAAGUUUGUGAAGUUCGUAAAUCGCGCACGUUUGUUAAUAAGGAGGUGCAAUGUGAACUUAAUUCUGUAAGUGUGGGCACUCAAAUUGCGGAAGACGAUCUCUUACGCAUGGGGGUUAGAGUGCCAGCUCCAGAUAAUUUGAAAAACCAAUCUUUAGCUCACUUAACGCCAGCGCAACUUAUGAGAAAUACGUUAUCGGGCGAAGAUCACUCGCGAUUGUCUGAUACUUCGCCCGAAAAACCAACGUAUCGCCCUAAUAACGAAUUCAACCGCCCCGCCUCACAAACGAACGACAAUUUCGGUCGUCAGCUAUUUGGUUUCGAUAAACGCCCGGUCGGCGGUGGACCAACGUUCGGAAAUAAUAACAUGUUUAACAACCCCGUUCGUGCACCGAGCACGCCAAUGUUUGAGAACAGAUCUCGCCCUUUCGAUGAAGGGCUUUUUAAACACAGAAAUGCUAAUCCUCCCGCCCCGAUUAGAGGUGUAAAUCAAGGGGGACCCGUGUUUUUUGAACCACCUCGUAAUACUAAUACUUUUCCAAACAAUCCGAUCCCCAAUCCUGUUUCUCCAAAUAAACGCGUUUUAUUACCGAAUCCGUAUGUCGCACGGAAAUAUUAAAGUGGGGUAAUGCGUGAAUUGUUACUGUUAAAAUGAUAUAUCCUGUAUUUUCCGUUACAUUUAGUAUGUAGUAAUUUGGAUUAUAAAUAAAUUUGUACAAUAUAGUCAA